UUCAAAGUUCUAUCGAAUUAUUAGUGAAGAGAAUGUUCAUUUUGACUAACAAAAAAAUCACAACUAUUCAUUUUUAUGGUUGAUUUUAGUUUUUAAAUUCAUUUUAAAUGUUCGAAUUUGUGUUCAUAUAAAGCGUUGCUAGUAUUAUUUUGAACAAAAAUUACGACGUAAUUUGAGGAAGCUGCAUUGUGUUGACGUGUGUAUACAAUGUCAAGGCACUCAAAUUUCCAUUUUCGCGGAGAACGCGAGGGUCGUGUCGCCCAAAUGAGUAGACAAGAGGAAGUAAUUGCACGAAAACGCCAAGCGAUUUUGGAAAAGCAAAAAACAAAUGAGCUGGCAAAACAAGUGGUAGCCGCGCAGAGUGGAACUGUAGCCAACGAGCCAACACCACCAAUUGCAUCCGGGUCAGUGAAAGAAACAAAACAUCCAUUGAACUUACCUAAGCAGAUAUUCGAAGUGGAGCCACCACAACCGAAGAAUAAUUUCACAAAUGAUGGGUCAUUUUUUGAGAAUUUUCGGAAAAUCACCGAAGCAGCCAAGAAGGCAGAGGAAGACAAGCAGAAACUUGAAGCGGAUCGCCUAGCUAAAGAACAAGAACAACAGAAGGCAGAAAGUGACGAAAAUGCUGAGCAAAUGAUGCCACCGCAACCAAUUCCACCGUUGGACUCGGCAUUCUCAACUAAUUCAAUGGCUCUGGGGCCAAUUCCAAUGAAGGAGCCAAUUAUAUUUCAUCAAAAUAUUCCGCCUUUUCUGAAUCUAGGUGCCCCACCACCACCACCGCCGCCACCUCCUGUAUCGAUCGAGCAAAUGAUGCCACCGAUCGAGCCAGUAGUUAUAAUGAAUCAAAUGAAUCAUCCACCACAACCACCUCCAUUCAUUCACCCAAUGCAUCAGGCACAGCAACAGCUACAACCGCAUCCACCACCACCACCUCCACCACUUCAACAAUUUGAAGGAAACAAUUAUCUAAACGAAAAUCAAAUGAGUCGCAAUUGCGGUAAUAUUGAACAAAUGGAACGAAAUUUCGUAAAUCCACACCAAUCGAACAAACAACAACAACAACAAAAACAGCAACAAGCAUUGAAUAGUGAAACGCCGUCGAACAUCGCAGCUACAAAACCAACAAUACCAACAACCAUUGAUGGCCUCAUCGAAUAUAUAUCGACAAUGGGCGAUAGUUUUGAAGAAAAAAUAAUUGCUGAAAUCGCUCAGAUGAACGAGCGUUCUCUAUUUCGGUUCUUAAACGAGAAAGAUUCGGAAAAUUACAUAACCUAUAGGCAAAAGGUUUUGCAAGCGCGUGCAAUGAAAUUGAGCCAAGCAUCACAUGGUAGCAACGAAAAGUACGAUCCCGAGGAUAUUUUACGCGACGAUGAUCAAGACGUUGACAACAAUCUACCACUCAUGAAUAUUCCGUCGCUAUCUACCAAUAGCGAUGAUUAUGAUUCUGACUCCGAAUACAUGCAGGAAACAAUGGAGCGAAAUUUAAAAAACAUGAAAAAUCGAAUCGACAGUGGAAGCGCUAAGAAGCGUUACGCCGAACCAAUCAACUUUUCAUCAGAUGAAGCCGAUCACACCGAUGAAGAAGACCACAUGGAAAUGUAUCGGAAAAUUCAAAUGCGUGAAAAUAUGUUGGAUGAACCAAUAAAUGAAAUGUCACACGAUCAAUCGUCGCAACAGCAGACGGGCUCCGAUAAAACCGAUAGGAGGCAGAGCAAUGCGGGUAAUCGAAAGAAACGCAGCCGUUGGGGUGAAAAAACCGAAGAAAAAUCGGACACCCAACCAAUGGCACCACCAUCUACAUCGAAUCGACAAAUUCAUGGCAACAAAUCAGCACCAAUGCUGUCGGCCGUUAAGCGAACCGAUCCGGCUCUGCUGAAUUAUGCACGACAAAACUACGGUACGAUUGACCUCAGCGAAGACGAUUGGAUAAAGUGUGAGGAGCAUUUCAAAGUGAACCUUCUAUAUCAGGAUAUGUUGCGUAAGCGAGAAGAGUUGGAGCGUCUGGCGAAAAGUGGUCAGCAUAAGUAUGAAUAUGACUCUGAUGAAGAUACGGCUGGCGGAACAUGGGAGCACAAGAUGAGAACGGCUGAAAUGGAAGCCACCGCAGCAUGGGCUGAUGCUCUAACUCUACAAUCGGAAGGAAAGCAUCAUAUCGGCGAUUUUUUACCACCAGAAGAGCUUAAAAAAUUUAUGGAAAUUUACAAAUCAAAACAAACAAACCGGGAACCUGAUCUCAGCGAUUAUAAAGAGUUUAAAUUAAAAGAGGAUAACAAGGGUUUUCAAAUGUUGCAAAAACUUGGUUGGACUGAAGGUCAAGGAUUGGGCGUUGAUGGCGGUGGCAUUCUGAAUCCAGUCAAUAAAGCCACACAACGCGAUAGCAAUCAAGGUUUGGGUACAGCUUCCAAUACAACGCCCGAGGCAGGCGAUAACGAAUAUGAUGCAUACCGCAAACGAAUGAUGCUGGCUUAUCGUUUCAGACCCAAUCCAUUGAACAAUCCGCGCAGAGCUUACUACUAAUGUACCUUUUUCUUCCAUGAGAUAAUUGUUGCAUAUUGACAAUUGAUUCGUUGAACACUGAGCAGGCCAUCCGAAAUACGACCGAAAAAAAAACACGUAUCAAUACUAUAGACCAUUUAAAUGAAACACAUUUCAUUGAAGUAAUUUUAUUUUUUCAUGUAUGUAUUACGUUGAAUCAAACAUAAAUUACAGUAAGCAUAAUAAUGCAAAAAGGAUACAUUAAGACAUUAAAUUCUAUAAAAUUACAUCAAAUAAGCUGUUUAUGAAUGAAUUUGUUCUUUUCUUUUCUCCCUCUUUUCAUUUUACAUAGAUUCAGUUUUCAUUGACAUUUAAAUGAACGACUCUUUCACUUGUCUUGAGCUAUUUAGUAUGAUUUUCAUCUAAUUUAUUAUCCACAUAAUAAUAAGUUGUCCCAACACUGGGGAAAAAACAAACAAACAAAAAUCAAUAAAAAAAAAUUCAACUCAA